CGCUCCACCUUAGGAACGUGCAAGCGACACAAGGGAAUCGUUGACUAUCAAAGGCGUGCGAUUAGACGCAGUUCCACCCAGACCGCCAACAAGAUACUGGAACGCUUGCACGACAAAAGUGUAUUACGGGAUGAGAGGUGUUGCUGGCGCGGAACCCGAGGGCGAACCCGGCGCUAGCAAAGAGACGCGACAGGCUACUUCCACGAAGAACCGGCAAACGACGAGCGACGAGCGAGUAGCGAGCGUUAGGGAAACUCUUAUUUUCACGUGUUCCAUCUGCAAUCUGAAGGAACGCUACGAUUAUAAAGGCGCGAGACCACCAUUCGCUCGGCAGUUACUUUACUCGGAAGACUGUUACGUAAUGAAGGAUCCGUUCAGUCCGCCGAACAAGGGUGAGAUAUUGGUCGUAGGGGCAGAUUGCAGCAAGUGCAAGCGCGCCGUAUGCUCGACGUGCAGCAUAUACUAUGCGAGGCGCUUCUGCUUGGAAUGUGCGUCCGGUGAAUUACAGAAUCUACCGCUUCAACUGCACGGCAAGAUCAGGAGUUUGGCGAAACGCUGAAAUCACGAGAUUUACCUCUCGAACGAAUAAUUAUUUAUUGAACAAUUAUUGAAAACGCGCGCGAAGCACGCUUCUAUGCGCAACACGUCUAUCCAUUUUUCCAAUAGCGUGAGCUCAUCCUUCGUAACAACGAUCACAAUGACGCGAAACAAUCUAUCUUGUCAAUCGAGGUUUCUUCUCUUGUUUCUUAAAUAAACGAUAAAA